GUAACAAAUAUCCUGUAGUUGCUGAUUCCAAAUGCUGAGACCGGAGCUUGUCGCCAUUGCCCUUGCCUUCUGCGUCUCUGGGCGCCCGGAUUGCAGCCCAGGCACCUGUCAAACCCUUCAGCCCUACUUCAACUGUGAGUUUGACAAGUGGGGCACAGCAGGAGGCGGAAAUACAAUUGCAACAGCGAAGUGCGGCGACGCUGCUGCAGGAGACAUUGUAGUGAGAACAAGCUUUCAACUUCCAUCCUAUGUCGACAAUGGAAGCGAGUCACUUUUCUUCAACCGAAUGGAGGCUUUAACAAGCUUGACAAGCCUGAGAUAUUCAAAUGCUGAGGAAGGUUUUGUACUCCACGCCUUGCUUUUUGGAUUAGCUGGUGAUAAUCGGGACCUCAGACGGUGGAUCCGAAAGGAAGAGAUUCUGCUUGAACACCGUUGGCGCGAGCACUCAGUUUGGAAGACGCGACUUGUCUUUGAAGUUGCGUCGCCUGCAGCAGAAUGCCAAUUCUGCAUGCAUAUGUCCGUGCCACUGUAUCAACUGAGUCAAGACGGACGAGAUCAUCACCAACUCGAAAAACCUGAUGAAUUCAUCAUGCAGGUCUCAAUCAUGCAACAGGUUGUAGCAAUGGAGCUUAGCACUCUCCCACUGCAAGACCUCCUCCAAUUCUUCGUUGGCUAUGUACAAGACCUCACUGCUCUGGCAUAUGCAAAUAUUUGGCACGAUUGCCACAUCGGCAACGUGCUGAUGCAGCAGCCGGAAGGACAAGAUGUCACGUUCUACUGGCACGAUUUUGCAGGUUCUUCCUUUGGGAAUUCCAAGCCAAGAGCAGAGGUGCUGAAGGAGUUCAUCAGGAAGAUGAGCGAAACCAUCCAGUUCACCGCAGAAAGACUUCAUGCCCUCGAUCCGACGCUGUCGAUUCCGAGCCUGUCCGUGGAUAUCUUCUCCCCGGGCAUCAACGCGGAGAUCUUAAAGGGGCAUCUUCGUGAGUUCAAUGCAGAUGUGCAAAGACAUGUGCUCGGUUGGAGCGGAGAUUUAAGACUUCGCCAGGCAGUUCUUCGCUCACUGGGCAAGGUACUUUCUCCUGGACGUUAUGAGGAAUUGCAGCUGGAGCUGCUAAAAGGCAGUUCCGCUGCCAAGAGCAAAACUGGUUGGGUGCGGCAGCUCGGGAAGGACUGACGACAAUACCACAUGCUGAGCUUGUUUUGACAGUGCCUUUGACACGCAUGAUUGGUAGGGGAAAAGCUGCAGACAAGAAAUGCUGCCACUUCAUUUCCUGUCAUGCCUAGUUCCCUCUACCAAUUGCUGAAAGCAAAACGGGACACCAGUUCGCAGUUUCCAUGCUUUCCCUCCCAAGUCAAGAGAUGGGUUUCGGGCAAGUCGGUUGUCCAAAACAAGGAUGGCAGGGUUGCUGGCUGCUCCGGAUUUGUUGAAAGUGUCUACUAUUAUUCCUUAGCUUCACAGACGGGAAUUAGACGAAAGACUUUGCAUGAUGUUUUGCCAUGCCCUUGUUCCUUUGCCGUGCCCUUUUGUCAGGUGUAGGACGAACCUUUAGUGACGAAAAGCCAUGCCCCAAACUUAAAGUGUGAUUAAGGGUAAGUCCACCGUGCAAGAUAAAACACUGUUGUUUUGUUCUUGGUAGGGUUCAGAACUUUUAGGGAGAAGAUUGCAGGGUUGCUCAUUCCUCAGGAUUUGUUGAAAGAUAUUUUCCCAACAUUUUCCUCAAGUUGAUAGAGAGGAUUUAGACUAAAGACUUUGUAUGUUU